AUGAGUGCGCAAGCCGCGUCGGAGUUGUCCUCCCGCUUGGAAGACAUGGAGUUCUACAAGAACACCCUCUACCAACGGGUCCAGGAGUGCCCCAUAUCAAUCACCCCAGGGACUGAAAUGAUGCGUUUCCUGCGGAGGGAACUCAUUCGAGCCGAAGAAAGCGAUGAGUCUGAGGAGUAUCAGUUGGUGGUUGGGGAUAUGUUUAAGGUAGUGACAGACUCCUUAAUCUCUGCGGUGCACCGGAGUGCCCCCUAUGCCCACAUUGAUAGCAGCCUCCCAAGGGAUUACCACGUCACAAAGGAUGAGGACGAACUAUUGAUGGCGGAUGGCAUCUUCGACUCCGACGAAGAAGGUGACGCGGACAGUGAGUCCGUGACCAAGCCCUCCGUAAAGGAGAAGGAACAAAAACAACGCAAACGCGACGAACUGCGAAAGCGGCGGGAGGAGGAGGAGGAAAUGCUUGUCAAGAAAAAUAAGGUUCCAGAUGAUAAGGGAGGUCUAUUGAAUACGUUGGGCCCGUAUGCCGCACCCCGUCUCACAAUUAGAGCCUCCACUUUCACGUUCCCAAGUCGAAAGACUCUGGAGCAGCGUACCGCCUUACCUUCACCUGAGUCAUCCUCAGAGGAGGAGGACAACAAGUACGAGGAGGAAACUGUAGGAGUGGUUUCUUCCUCCUGCUCCUCCGGUGGGGGCGAGGCUGUAGCUCAUUUGACGGCUUUCAUGAAACCCUUGUCGAUGGAUUCCCUGAAAAAACUCAGUGAGAGCGCCAAAGUGAAGAGAAAACCCUCAUCAUCAAAUCGAGAGUAUAUUACACAGAUUGUCAGAGCCGCUGUGCGAUUUGGAUGUGAUAAGGCAUGUCGCCUUAUGGAUAGCCAUGAAAUAUUAGAGGAGAUGACAAACCACUUUCAAGCUGGCCCGCUUAACACCGCAGCAAGCAUCGACUUUUUACAAUCCCUUCCCGAUCAACUAAAACACGCUUUAGGUCACAUUUUGGGUGUCUGGGAGGAAAGUCCCCAAGUGGAGGUCAUGUGGGAGCGUAUGGUGGCCAUGGGGUUUUUGGGUGUUCUAACCAACCUUCGUCUAAGGCCGCUGAAGAAGAUUGCGACUGAGUUGGGUGUGCCCAUGCCAGAUACGCAAUCCACCGAGAAGUGUUGUGAAACUAUCAUGUUUGCCGCAUUUCCACGGGAACGAUUGCGGGCGAAAAAUUCGCGCUCCAAGAAGCAAAAAACGCUUAACUUUACGGUUCCGCCAGCUGGAAUGCGGUGUAAAGGGCAUAUGGGUUUUAUUACGUUUCAGGUAGAAAAUGUUUCUAUAUUACCCAAAGAUAAUGAGCGUCGCUACUCACCGGAGUUUGAGUUUGGCAAGCUGAAGUGGAGUCUUCUUUGUAUGGCGAACAAGGAGUUUCUUGCGCUUUACUUGUGCCAGACUGGUAGCGUGUUCUGCAAGUUUCUGAUCACGGUAGUGAAUCAUAUGCAUGUAGACGACUCUAUCUGUAACGAGGGCACGCAGCGAUUUUCGACACGGUCGCAGGAAAAUGAUUGGGGUUUUAAUACUGUGAUAAAGUUUGAAGAGCUGCUAAACCCGAAAAAGGGAUUUUGGCAGGAGGAGGGUGAUAGCGUCACGAUCGAGGUUGGCAUCGUCCUCGUGGAGACGCCGAAGCCGCUCAACCGUGCAAAAAGCACGUCGAAUAAGGACAAGCAGACGGGACCCAAGGUGGAUGAGAAGGCGGUGCGGCAGCUCAUCGAGGAUGAGAAGAUGGCACAGGUCCGGAAGCGCAUUAAGCAGGAGAUUGCCAAAGUAUUGAAGGAUGGGGAGAAGGCGCGAAAAGGGAUUGCACAGCGCGCUGCUAAAGGGUUUCACGACCUGGUGGAACGCUUCAAGGCAGAGAAGCAGCGCAUCAUCAAGGAGCUUGCGGAGCGCGAGAGGCGGGAGCAGCAGGAGCGUCAACGUGAGCUUGAGAUCAUUAAGCAGGCGCAGGAGCAGAAUGCAGAGAUGAAACGGCGCAUUGAGACUUUGAAGAAGGAGAGCGCGAAUUUGCUGCGAGAGAAGAAGGAACUGACGCAGGAGACAAGAGAGCUGAAAAAGACAAGCGAAAAGUAUGCUCAGGAACUGCAUGCAAUCAAUGAGAAGAAGAUGAUGCUGCAGCAGAAAGUCACACAACAGGAGAAGAAAAUUGAUGAGGCGGAAAAACGACUCCGUGAUCUGCGGCAGGACGAGUCGCUCAAUCUAUCAUCCGACGACGAUGAGGCCAAUGUAAGCGAUGACAGUGAAAUCAUGUCUCGACUCAGGGAGUCGCUUGAACAGUUCAUCGGGACAGAUGCAAAAGGUGCCUAA